CCGGCCUGAGCAGCAGCAGCUGCGGCGGCGGCGGCGGCGUUUGAGUGGAGGAAGAUGGCGGCUCCGGGCGGCUCGGGGUCCUGCCAGCUGUGAGGAGCCCCGAGCACGGCUAUCGCGGCCUGAGGCAGAGCGCCUCUGCUCUGGCCCUGUCCCUGGCUCCCUCAUUACCUUCGCCAGCGGAGCGAACCCGAGAGCGUGGAGCGGGCUGGGCCAGGGCACUUCCUUACUUUGUGGCAGUACUGGAUUCUCCAGGCUCUUCUUAUAUAUUUCCUAUCCUUCUCCUGGAUUCUGCCAUUUCACCAAGGAGCCCUGGUUUCUUUUGUUGGAGAAUGGCAUUGGAAAGAACAUCUGGGUGCUAGCUGUUGAGUGGAAUGUCAUGGCCAGCUCCUCAGACAGUGAAGAUGACAGUUUCAUGGCUGUGGACCAGGAAGAAACUGUGCUGGAAGGGACAAUGGAGCAAGAUGAGGAGCCCCACCCACUAGUGGAGGCUGACGAGACUAGACAUAAUAGGUCCAUGUCGGAGCUGCCAGAAGAGGUUUUGGAGUAUAUCCUGUCCUUUCUCUCACCAUAUCAGGAGCACAAAACUGCGGCCCUUGUCUGUAAACAGUGGUAUCGACUUAUCAAAGGUGUAGCCCAUCAGUGUUAUCAUGGUUUCAUGAAGGCUGUCCAGGAAGGAAACAUUCAGUGGGAGAGCCGUACCUAUCCUUAUCCUGGAACCCCAAUCACUCAGCGCUUCUCGCAUAGUGCAUGCUAUUAUGAUGCUAAUCAGUCUAUGUAUGUGUUUGGAGGCUGUACCCAGAGCAGCUGCAAUGCUGCUUUCAAUGACCUCUGGAGACUUGACCUAAACAGCAAAGAGUGGAUCCGACCUUUGGCUUCAGGGUCCUAUCCUUCCCCCAAAGCUGGAGCAACUCUGGUCGUGUACAAGGACUUGCUAGUGCUGUUUGGUGGCUGGACGCGGCCAAGCCCUUAUCCCCUACACCAGCCAGAGAGAUUCUUUGAUGAAAUACACACUUACUCACCCUCUAAAAAUUGGUGGAAUUGCAUUGUGACAACCCAUGGGCCACCUCCCAUGGCUGGCCACUCCUCCUGUGUAAUAGAUGAUAAAAUGAUUGUCUUUGGUGGCUCUUUAGGAUCCCGGCAAAUGAGCAAUGAUGUCUGGGUCCUUGACCUCGAGCAGUGGGCGUGGUCCAAGCCGAACAUCUCCGGCCCCAGUCCUCAUCCUCGAGGUGGCCAAUCUCAGAUUGUCAUAGAUGAUGCAACUAUCUUAAUCCUCGGAGGGUGUGGCGGUCCCAAUGCUCUGUUCAAGGAUGCUUGGUUGUUGCACAUGCAUUCUGGUCCUUGGGCCUGGCAGCCACUCAAGGUAGAAAAUGAAGAGCAUGGGGCCCCAGAACUGUGGUGUCAUCCAGCGUGCCGGGUGGGACAGUGUGUGGUGGUCUUCAGCCAGGCUCCUAGUGGGAGAGCCCCACUCAGCCCCAGUUUGAACUCUCGCCCAUCACCUAUCAGUGCCACUCCUCCAGCUCUUGUUCCUGAAACCCGAGAGUACCGCUCUCAGUCUCCAGUAAGAAGCAUGGAUGAAGCUCCUUGUGUUAACGGCCGCUGGGGAACACUGAGACCCAGGGCUCAAAGGCAGACUCCUUCGGGUUCCCGGGAAGGGAGCCUUUCCCCAGCCAGAGGAGACGGCUCUCCUAUCCUCAAUGGUGGGAGUUUGUCUCCAGGAACGGCAGCUGUGGGUGGCUCUUCUUUGGACAGUCCUGUACAGGCCAUAUCUCCAAGUACUCCAUCUGCUGCUGAAGGAUACGACCUAAAAAUGGGACUUUCUUUGGCCCCCCGGCGAGGAUCACUACCAGAUCAGAAAGAUCUGAGAUUAGGAUCUAUAGAUCUGAAUUGGGAUCUGAAACCCGCUUCCAGUAGCAAUCCCAUGGAUGGCACAGACAGUAGGACAGUUGGAAGUAUGAGACACCCUCCUGAACAGACAAAUGGUGUGCAUACCCCACCUCACGUGGCCAGUGCCCUUGCAGGGGCCGUCUCCCCAGGUGCCCUGCGUCGGAGUCUGGAAGCCAUCAAAGCGAUGUCCUCCAAAGGCCCCUCAGCCUCUGCAGCACUAAGUCCUCCUCUUGGGUCUUCUCCAGGCUCUCCUGGGAGCCAGAGUUUGAGCAGUGGAGAAACAGUGCCCAUCCCUCGCCCAGGGCCUGCCCAAGGAGAUGGACAUUCCUUACCUCCCAUUGCCCGCCGCUUGGGCCACCACCCUCCACAGUCCCUAAAUGUUGGCAAACCCCUAUACCAGAGUAUGAACUGCAAGCCCAUGCAGAUGUACGUGCUAGACAUUAAAGACACCAAGGAGAAGGGGCGGGUCAAAUGGAAAGUAUUUAAUAGCAGUUCUGUGGUCGGACCUCCUGAAACCAGCCUGCAUACUGUGGUACAAGGCAGGGGUGAACUCAUCAUAUUUGGAGGACUCAUGGACAAGAAACAGAAUGUGAAGUACUAUCCAAAAACAAAUGCCUUGUACUUUGUACGAGCAAAGAGAUAAUGUGUUCUAAACCCCUUUCCUUUUCUGUGGCUUUUAAUUUGGAAUUUUCCAGUGUGUAAGCAUUUGGACUGAGAAUUGGGAAAACAGAAUUACUCCCAGAAGCCAAAACUCUUUAAUUCCCAACCGAAGUCACUCCAGGCUGGGAUCAAAUCUCCAUUAAGAAAAAAAUUAUAUAUAAGUAUAUAUAUAUAUAUAUAUUAUAUAGCCAACUCUGUUUACAAAAAAAGGGAGAGAUCUCCAUCCUGGUUCAGAUAAAAUUGUUGCUGUGUUUUAACAGGGGCUGGGUUGCCAUUUUCUACCUUGCUGGUAACUAGACCAAGAAAUUAGAGAACAGACUAACAUCAGUAACUUUCCAAAAGAAACUGAAGAGCCCCCUGUAAAUCUUUAUGUGGCCUUCUUGGAGUUAAAAAAAAUAAAGGGCAUAUAUAAGUUGCAAAGGUGUAGGUUUUUAGACUCUCAUGCUUCAGGUGCUGUCAGGGUAAAAGUAACUGUUCUUCCCCUUCUCGUCUUAAAACCACAGAGGACUUGUGACAGCUCUGCAGAAAUGCCAGUGCCUGGCCCCCUCCUGCCCUUUAUGGCUGAGGAAAGUUACCCAACAAAGGAUUUUAUUCCACAUCUGUGUGCCAGGUCAUCGUGAAAUAAUGUUUAUGCAGCCGACAUCUGUCCGCCUAGUAAUGUCCAUUGGUCUUUGGAGUGCUCCUUAUGUGUCUCAGAAAACAUUUUGUGUCUGAUUGUGGAAAUUUCUGACAAUCAAUCAUACUUGGUUGCAAGUUGCCAAAAAACAUAUUUAUUCUCCUCUUUCUUCCCUUAGAACAUGGUACUUGGAAACUGCCUUUUCCAUUCACUUACAGGUUGCUUUUUUCUUCUGCUUUUUUUUUUUCAUAUGUGGAUUUUUUUUUUAAAGUCCUAAAACCUGUCUGACUUUCUGUUUCUUUUACAAAGCUCAGGUGCCUACAGAAAUCAAAAGCUGCUUAGAAAUAUUUGUGGAACCCUUUCGCUUGUGUCACUAGGGGGCCAGGAGGGAAUUCUAAGAUGUCAAUAUUGUGAGAAAUCUUUGAAGCAUCAGAAGAUACUGUUUUUUCCCUAUAGGCUUCUUUUUACUUCCAGAGCACAUUGAGCAUGCUCAUCCCAUAUUUGUAGGAUGUGGAAAUUGAUUCUGGAAGGGAAUUCCUAUAACCGUUCUUUUUAGAAAUGUUUUUUUCCUUGUUGUGACAUAUAUUCCUCUUCCUGGCUAUUGGCAGGUGAUGGAGUUGAGAAUCAUGUACUGGACUCCUUGACGUAUGGCUGACCUCAGGAACAGCUCCAUCCUUUGCACUUGUCUUGUUCAUGUAUCACCCAAAUAGGGCUUGGGUUUUUACUUUCACUUCAUUUCUGAGAUUAAGGUGUAACCAAGUAGAGCAUUUCUUUGCUUGAUACAGAAAGUUACUAGUCUCAACCAUGGCCUGGGCAUAAGAGAUGUCAAAAUAAGUUUAUUUCAAAUAGCACCAUUUAAGUAGGGAUUUUUGGUGAUUUCUCAUCAGUGGAAAGAGGAUUUUUGUUUUGCCCAUAGUAUUUAAAUUUCAAAACAUCACCUUUCCCACCCUGACACUCCCCUUUUUAUUAUUAGCGUUUCUCAGGCACGAAGCCUGCUGCAACUGGCCCUGGGUCCUGGCUUUCAGCCGGCAUCUAGCAGCCUAAGUGUACUGAUAAGUGUGUUUUCUCCUGUUAUAUGCUGAAUCCUUUCCCUUAGCCAUUAGCUUUUACGAUGUGGUCUUGGUAGGAAAGCCACCCUGGUGCCAAGCCUAGCUUGUGGGGAGAGGUACGUGUUCCAGAAACUGCUCUCUGUUCCCUUCAAUGAGGAAACAACAUGUGUCUACUUAGGUGGCAUCCAACUGCUUGGAGCUCCACACUUCCCUUUCCCGACUGGGGCUCUGGUGCUGUUGCCAAUCCUUGCUUGGCAAAGGCUGUUCGAUCAUGUGGGGUCCUUAUCUACAAGGGAAAGCUGGGCCAGAAGGUUAACAAUUCAGGUGUUACCACUAUUGCUGUACCUUGUGUUAGGACAUUGUGUUUGUGCAUGGACUGUGCCUCCGAACUCAGUAGUUCCUAUCUAAAUAUAAAGUAUAUUAGAAUUCUGAAAGUACAGAAUCUCAACCUUGUAGUCUUUCCCUUAGUCCUAUGGCCUUCCUAAGCCAGCUGUUAACGUGUUGAUUCCUUCCACUUCCCCCAAGCAGGCAGGCAACAGAGAUGUUGAUUGUUUUAGAAAGUAAUCUGGUUCCUCUGAACUCCAUUGAAUUCCAGUUUGACCCACACUACCUGGAACCGGACUGUUUGCUUACAGCUUUUUAAGAAAAAUCUGCCUUGUCUGCCCCCAUUAUGUUGGUCUUGGUAGCUCCUGGGCACUGUGGGCAUGUACCGUGGGAAAGUGACUCAGCACAGUGAAAGUGAUUGUCUCCUCAGGCCUCCUGAAGCCACCUGUGCAGUGGGACUUGAGGUGUCUCAGCCAAGAUGAGCAUUUCCACAAUGCCGUGGAUGCUGCAGUCAGGCCAGAUUGAACCAUGACUCCGUUUUUCACAUGAUACCAAUUUUGUCUUAAAAUUCACUGAGAAAAAUGAGACUAAAUUUUUUUUCACCCUCAGGAGCACCGGAAGCAAAUAUUUAUUGAAUAUUCGUUUUGUUUCUACUUGAAGCUUUAACCCCUUUCAUUCCUGCAAGUGUGCCUUUUGAGAGCUCCCAUGGCCUAGUGACUUCACUGGUCACCUUGUCCAUCUUAUGUAAGAAUUUUAGUCUCUCCCUACCCUCUUGGACAGAGCUUCCUGUCCUCUCAUUUCACAGGUUAUGCAACAGAGGGUUCUGUGUUUUCAUUCGUAUUUCCACCCUUCACUUGGUUGGUAGACUCCACAACCCCACCCUGCCCCACACUUUGGGAGCACAAAUUUGGUGUUGAAACAAACUUAAAUUUCAUUUUAAGGCAAUACUGGGCUUACUCUCCUCCCAGCCGUCUGUGGAUUGAUUUGAUUUUAAUGUUCGAGUUUUACAGCAACAGCUGAAAACCAUGAACUAUUCUAGGAACUGUGUUGGAACUCUAAAUUAAAGAAAGGAGGAGGAGGAGGAGGAAGAAAGAAAACCAAUUUAAGAAGCCUUGACUUUGGAGGACAGAAAGCCACCAGCCAAUGGAGAACAAAGAGAUGUUUCCCUUUCCUUUCUUUCACCUUGUUGUUCUGGGUUUCCUUCUGCUUCACCCUUUUCCUUCCCCCUUAAAAGUGGUAUUCCUGGUUGGUCUGUCUGUCCUUGUGCUUGUGGUGAUCCUGGCAUGGUGAUGUGCUCUGCUUUGCAUUAUCCGUGGUCUCCUACCAGCGCACAAGUCAGUGGGGAGGAUCUAAACGCCUGGGGGUGAGGAAACUGAACCUCCAGGCCUGUGUCCCAUGUAGCCUCUCCAUGAACUGCAGAAGGCAUGUUCUGCAUGGUUACCAGUAAGUGGCUCCCUCUCACCAUGUUCAUUGUCAAAUGAGAGCAAACUUCAGGUGUUGGCUCCAUUGUACACUCUACUUGCUCUGCUCCCCUCCCUCCAACCAGGGUUCAUGUCCGUGCACACCCAUGUGCCCUGGCGAAGCUGGUGCUGUGAGUGAUGUUUCCCAUCUAACUCAGGGAUGCCAGGUGGCUUACCCUGAGAUAGUCAUUUUAGGCACAUAACAGUGUAGGAAUGAGAAAUGGAUUUCAUUGCUAUUUAAAUCUGUCAAUUUCAUUUUUUGUUAAUGUUUUCCCCUGAUGACUUUUUAGCAAUUUAACAAAUAAAAUUAAAUGGACAAUUGUCUUAA